AUGAAUUCUGCUGGCGUACGCGCCUUUCACUCAAUAACCCUAGAGGAACAUCAGGAGCGCGAGCGCAUCCGUGAUCUAUCGAGGUACUAUUGUACAUUCCCACCACCCAAUGGACCGAAUUCAGACGAGGCCAGCGCAGCGCCGACUGGAAAUGAACAGCCUGCAGGCUGCGAGCUAGCUGAGGACAUUACCCUAAAUGCACUCGCACAGCUCGGAGUACUUCGCUUCAAAGCCAAUAGAUGCUUCGUGUCUAUCAUUGAUGGCGACACGCAACAUAUCAUUGCCGAAACCACCGGCUCUGUUUCUUUGCGAGAUAAGGAGCAUCACCUACCAGGCGAUGGCAUCUACCUGGGAGCACGGUCCCUAGAUCUGAUCUGGGGCGUCUGCCCCCACACCGUCCGGUUAUUCACAGGCCGUUCCACAGACAACAUCAACACCGAUAAUGUGACCGCCAAUCGUACGCGCUAUAUUAUUCGAGAUUUUACCAAGGAGGAUUGCUUCAGGGACCGACCAUAUGUUCGAGAUUGGCCGCAUAUGCGCUUUUACGCAGAGGUCCCUUUGUUCAGCGCAUCUGGAUAUGUCCUGGGCUCUUACUGCAUCGUCGACGACAAGCCAUGGACGGAGUUCGGUGAUCAGCAGGUCAAUGACCUCCAGGAAGUCGCAGAUGCCAUUGGUCUGCACCUGGAGAAUGUCCGAAUGAGGGAGGCCCACAUCCGAACUGAAAAAUUGGUCAAGGGCUUGACGACUUUUGUCAAAGACCAUGCAGGCUUCGAUCCUACAGAAGUAUCUAAUGAUGGUCGACUUCAGUCUAGUUUCUCGGCUGCGAAUCUUUCACCCCAGGAAAUUGCUGCCGCCACCACGAGUGUUGACCUCGAUGCGACUCUGGCACCUGCGCCAUUGGCCAACUCUUCUCAAGGUGCUACGUUCCGAUCUGGACGAUCGCCUUCGUCAACUGUGACGGGGGAAGAAUCCGUGUCUUACAUGCCAGAUCAACGGUCUUCGACAGACCCGUCCUCUCUCGAUUCUGGUCUCUCAGACCGACCGAUGGCGAUGACUCCCGGCGAGGAAAAAUCGCAGGGAGAGGCCAUGAGAUCUGGAGACACAAGUGCUCACCAGAAUAUCGAUCAACAGCUUUCACUGUUGUCAUUAGCAGAAACCAAGCCUUUCUCUGAACGCAUCGCGUCUAUCUAUGCUCGUGCAAGUACAUUGCUGCGUGACUCCAUGGACUUGGAUGGGGUCAUGUUCCUUGAUGCUUGUCCAACUAAUUUUGCAUUCGUUCCGGAGGAAUCGGAUAUUUGGGAGCCUUUGCCGCCAGGUGCAGACCUCGGGUUCCCGACUGCGCCGCUGCCCAGCCCUCUAGGCCUACCUCGGGCUGUGCCCCAGGAGUUUGACCAUCCAUGCGAUACUUUAAGCUGCGCGCUGAAACCGAGCCUGAAGACAGGCAACGACGAUGGAAGCUCAGGCAAGCGUCCUAGUAUACCACAAGGAUUGCUUCAUCAAAUGCUCCGAGCCUUUCCCCGGGGACAAAUUUUGAAUCUUAGCGAGAUUGUUGAUGAGGAUGAUUACAUGUCAAAUGAGUAUAUCGGCGCUCCUGGCCGUGAGAUCGAACCUAAACCCCGGACUUGUUCAAAACACCUUGCGCGGUGCAUACCCAGUGCCAAAUCAGCUCUUUUCCUCCCUCUGUGGGAUUGGAAUAAGUCUCGCUGGCUUUCUGGGGUGCUCGUAUGGACUGCGAAUACCUUCCGAUCGCUCGGACCAGAGGAAUUACACUAUUUCAAAGUGUUCGGCGAUUCUGUGAUCUCAGAACUCUCCCGUCAACAUUGGGCAAGUACUGAGAGAUCAAAAUUCGACUUCAUAACCUCCGUCAGCCACGAGCUUCGCUCUCCCCUGCAUGGGAUAUUGGCAAGUGCCGAAUUAUUGAAUGCUACCCCUCUCGCUCCUGCACAAACAGAGAUGGUGACGAUGAUCGAAAAAUCCGGCUUGACGUUGUUGGAUACAACGAAUAACAUGUUGGAGUUCUGCAAAGUCAACAACUUGAAGCAUACGAAGAACAUGAACGAAAUGAUCCCAGAAAACGACACAGCCAACCUUGUUUCCUAUUUUGACGUGAGUCAAUUAAUAGAGGAGGUUGCAAACAUAUUAUACGUCGGUCAGCGGGCCCCUCAGCAGGUGAGCCAGCUUGCCAGCAGAAUUUCUUCUAACGCGGAAGCCACCGACUUUGGCGACACGGAAGUCCGUGCAAAAAACCAGAUCUCGGUUGUCAUCCGCGUCGAUCAAUCCGACACCUGGAUGAUUCGGUCGAUGGCUGGUGCCUGGAGAAGAAUUGUUAUGAACCUUCUGGGUAACGCGAUGAAUUGGACCACGGCUGGCUUCAUUGAGAUAGCGUUAUCCAAGGUCAAGGAUCGAUCCAACUCUCAGUCCCCCCUUGUCCACCUGUCCAUAGCUGAUACCGGCCGUGGUAUCGCUGCCGACUUCAUCAAACACAAGUUAUUUGCCCCAUUCGCUCAAGAGGACCCACUCUCAGAGGGAGUUGGGCUAGGGCUGAGCACGGUACAGCAAUUGGUUAUGUCGCUUGGAGGCCAUGUGAACGUCCGGAGUGAAGUCGGCGUUGGGACCCAAGCUGACGUCUACCUCCCUGUGCAAUAUCUACCGGCCAACUCUAGUCCGGAGGCUAGCUUGGGUCCAACUACCGCACCGCCAGGGACCCCACCAAUGCAUGCCUGUCUGGUGGGCUUCAAUGGAUACCCCGAUCUCACAGAGGCGCCAACUGGGAUACUCACUGUAGAGGGCAAGCGAAAGCUCUCUAUACAAAGCGCACUUGCCAGUAUCUUCGUGUCAAAGAUGAAAUGGACUAUCUCUCUAGCUGACUCUAUCGAGGUGGCCCGUGGAAAGGUGGUUGUCAUCGAGGAAGAAGUACUCAAGCAGGCGAUGCAUGACAAUGGUCAGCCUGUCGCUGAAAUCGCCGCUAAGAAUGGCAUUGAUUUCUUUGUUGUACUCAGCGGUAAUGUCCCAAUCAUUCUCGAUGGACUUUCUGUCAGCAUUAUCCGCAUUUCCCAGCCAUUUGGACCACAGAAGAUAUACGACGCUGUUGAAAGGAUAAUGAAGUGGCGCGAGCUUCACAUUGCACCGCCCUCCCCUGAUACUGGUCCUGAUGCCGAUUUAUCUCUUAUUGCACGACAAGCAGAAGCAGCAAGUAGCACCGAGUCAGUCUCAACCGUAACUGCAGUUACAGUGGAGGAGUCGGGACAUUCAAAAGAAAACAUCACCUCACCGGGAAGAUCAGAUCCUCCCAUUCCCGAGUCAUCGCAACCAUCUACCAAGCAAGGGCUCGCCCAUGUGCUGAUAGUGGACGAUAACGAAAUCAAUCUCAAGGUAAUACUCUAUCUUCCAAGCCUGGACAAAAACACCGCUGACCUCAAACCCCAGAUUAUGGCCACCUUCAUGCGCAAAAUAAACUGCACCUACGACACCGCACACAACGGCCUCGUCGCACUGGAGAAAUACAAAUCCUCCAAAUCUCACUACGACUUCGUCCUGAUGGAUAUCUCAAUGCCAGUGAUGGACGGCCUCGUUUCGACGAGCAAGAUCCGCGAGUAUGAACGCGAAAAGGGCAUUUCUCCUUCUUGCAUCAUGGCCGUAACUGGAGUUUCUUCCGAUGGCUUCCAGCAACAGGCCUACGCGGCUGGCAUUGACAAUUAUCUCCUCAAACCCCUCUCCCUUCAUAAGCUCAAGACUCUUAUGAAUUUUGCGUGA